UUAGCAACAACACUUGGAGUUGCGCGAUCCUUUCAAAUCCCAACCAUAGCACCCUACGUGCACAUUCAUUCAUUCUUCCCUAAUAAAAAGAAUCCACCUAUAUCUUUUUACACACAUCAAGCAAAAAAUAAACAAAAACUCAGACAGGGAUUGGUUUCGAAAAUCUGAAAACCAUGUCGAACCUCGAACUUGAACCCUUCCACAUGGCCAUCUUAGCCAUCAUCCCUCUAAUACUUCUCAUGGAUUUAGCAUCUCGUAUUCGUAGAAGACCACCAUAUCCACCAGGCCCGAAAGGGUUACCCAUAAUCGGGAACAUGCUAAUGAUGGACCAGUUAACCCAUCGAGGUCUCGCUAACCUUGCAAAACAAUACGGUGGCGUAUUCCACCUUCGCAUGGGGUUCCUACAUAUGGUCGCAAUCUCAGACCCAGACGCGGCUCGUCAAGUUCUCCAAGCCCAAGACAACAUCUUCUCUAACCGACCAGCCACCAUAGCCAUUAGCUACCUCACUUACGACCGUGCUGACAUGGCUUUCGCUCACUAUGGCCCUUUUUGGCGCCAGAUGCGAAAACUCUGCGUCAUGAAGCUCUUCAGCCGCAAGCGUGCUGAGUCAUGGCAAUCUGUGAGAGACGAAGUCGACGCCGCCGUACGCACCGUCGCGGCCAACACCGGGAAGGGCCUGAACAUCGGGGAACUAGUGUUUAACCUCACGAAGAACAUAAUCUAUCGUGCGGCUUUUGGGUCGAGCUCGCAAGAAGGACAAGACGAGUUCAUUGGGAUAUUGCAAGAGUUUUCCAAGUUGUUUGGAGCUUUUAACAUCGCUGACUUUAUACCUUACCUUGGGUGCGUUGACCCCCAAGGGUUGAACGCUAGGCUCGCUAAGGCGCGUCGUGCACUGGAUAGUUUCAUAGACAAAAUCAUCGAUGAACAUGUGGAGAAGAGGGGUGGUGAGGGUUAUGAAGAAAGGGACAUGGUGGAUGAGUUGUUGGCUUUCUACAGCGAAGAGGCUACGUUGAAUAAUGAAUCCGAUGAUCUGCAGAAUUCCAUCAAACUUACUAAGGAUAAUAUCAAAGCUAUCAUUAUGGACGUGAUGUUUGGAGGGACGGAAACGGUGGCGUCAGCGAUCGAGUGGGCCAUGGCAGAACUUAUGAGAAGCCCAGAAGAUCAAAAGAGGGUCCAACAAGAGUUAGCAGAAGUAGUCGGCCUCGACCGUCGGGUCGAAGAGUCCGAUUUCGAGAAACUCACUUACCUCAAAUGUGCCCUCAAAGAGACGCUACGCCUCCACCCACCCAUCCCACUCCUCCUCCACGAGACGGCGGAGGAUGCGACGGUCUCCGGUUACUUCGUCCCGAAGAAGGCGCGCGUGAUGAUCAACGCGUGGGCCAUUGGGAGGGACAAGAAUAGCUGGGAGGAACCCGAAACCUUCAAGCCGUCCCGGUUCCUCAAACCGGGUGUGCCCGACUUCAAGGGGAGCAACUUUGAGUUCAUUCCAUUCGGGUCGGGUCGUAGGUCCUGCCCCGGGAUGCAGCUUGGUCUUUACGCGCUUGAGUUGGCGGUGGCUCACCUCCUUCAUUGCUUCACGUGGGAGUUACCCGAUGGGAUGAAACCCAGUGAGAUGGACAUGGGUGACGUGUUCGGACUCACCGCUCCAAUGGCGACCCGACUCGUUGCCGUGCCAACCAAGCGCGUGGUGUGCCCUCUCUAUUAGAAAACAAAAAAUAAAAUAAAAUUACAAUUGAAUCCUUUUUCUUUUUCUUUUUGUAUUUUCUUUUUAUCCCCCAAUUAUACAUAAACAUAAAUAAUAUAAGGAAAAAGUAAAGCAUGCAAUAAAAAUGUGGGAGUAUUUAGUUCUCUCUGCUUGAAAAAAAAUCUUGAUGUGAGCUUUUUAGUGCCCAAACAGUUAUGUCAGUUGAUGUAUAUUUUUUUCCCUUUUUGCGCACUUCCGUUUUGGUUCUCAUAUAUAGUGAAAUAAAAGUGAAUCGACAAUUAGAGUAGAGUGACUAUGAUGGCAUUACAAAUAUUGUGGCAAAUUAAGUUAUUUUUGACUUCAAGGAUGGUGAAUGAAAGUGUUGUAUAUGGGGAAUUUAUUAUUGUCAUGAGGAUUUGACAUCAAAUCACGUAUUUAUUUUGUCGUGGUAGUAUUGUUUUCUAAGUAAGCGGAUUCUAGAGGGAAAGAAGUGCAAAUGAAGUUGGUGGUGACUUUGGUGUGUGAAAUGAAAAUCUAGCUAUAAAAGGGGAAGCUAAAGAAUACACAACGUUGUCAUCGUGGGGUUGAAUAGUCCUAAUAUUAUAUGAUGAUGUUUCAAUGGUUUUGUUUCCCUGAUUGAGUUUGAAAAUGGCAAUGCGGUGAUUUUGGCACCCGUGCCUAAGGAAGUAAGAAUGCUUACUAAUCAAUGCUGCUCCUAAUGAAAAGGACCUUUCUACAU